CACUCUAAUAAAGGGACAAAAAGACUACCACUUCUACACUAAAAAAUAUAGGUCCUAUCACAUUAUCACUUCACUAAAAAAUAAAGAUUUUUGACCCCACAAAAACCACGCUUGUAUUGCUCUUCAUCCUACACCAAUUCAUGGCUCUAGUUGAUUCUAUAUUUCUUGCCAUUUUAAGAUAUUAGUAAUCCAUUAACAACUACCUCAUAUGCAAACAUCUCUCCUCUCUCACAAUUUAUCUUUCCUAUGAAAGUAAAAAAAAAUGGCCUCACUUUUAAAAAUUCGUUAUUUUCCCUCUAUCUUCCUACUGUUACAACUACUUCUUCACACUUCCAAUUCUCAGAUUUCUCCAAAAACUCAAUCCCCAAAUCCACUUAUCAUUCAACCUUACAUUGUUGAUUACCGAAACGGCACCGUUUUGAGAUACAAAUCCAACACAACCGCCUUUGUUCCCGCGCUAAACGACACUCGUGUGCAAUCCAAAGACAUUAAUAUCCCUUCUUCGACGUACCACAAUCUUCGGGCCCGGGCUUUCCUCCCAGCCCGGCCCGACCCGAAUAAGAAGAUCCCCGUCCUUAUCUAUUUCCAUGGGGGAGCAUUCUGCAUCGGGUCCGCCUUCGAUCAGCUGGAUAAUCAUUUCCUGGCCCGGGUCGCGGCCGAGGCCCGAGUUCUUGCUAUCGGCAUCGACUACCGUCUAUACCCAGAGUUUACCGUCCCUGCCCCUUACGACGAUGCGUGGGCCGCUCUCGUUUGGGUAACGGUCCACGCGGCCCGUACGGGCCCGGGCCACGACCCGUGGCUAGCCCGAUACGGGGACGUUAAGAGAAUCUUCGUUGGAGGGGACAGUGCAGGAGGCACCAUUGCCCAUAAUUUAGCGAUUCGGGCCGGGCUGGGCCCUGGCCUGCGCUUUACCGGGCUUUUCUUGGCAAUGCCGUACUUCCUCGGGUCCGAGCGGGUACCGCUCGAGCCCGUAGACAUAUCAAGCCAUCCCAAUUACAUAGUAUGGUCCUAUGUUUGUCCCAACUGUUCGGGCGGAGUCGAUAACCCGUACAUAAACCCGUUCGGGCCCGGGGCCCCGAGCAUUACCCAACUUGGGUGUAAGAAGUUGUUGGUGUACACGGCCGAGAUAGAUGAGCUUCGAGGCCGUGAUAUGUGGUACUACGAGAAGGUUAAGAAGAGCAAGUGGGCGGGCCAGGCCCGUUUAAUUGAAGCUCCAGGGAAAUCUCAUGUAUUUCAUAUUUUGUAUCCAGAUGAUCCAGCCACUACAAAACUAAUUCAGGAUUUGUCAGCAUUUAUUAAUAUUGAAUGAGAUUUAUGUCGUUUGAUGA